CUUUCCACCCUUGGCCCUCCUCCCUUUUCUCCCUGCCAGCUCUGCCACCAGCUCCGGCCUCGGCUCACCUCCCAGGGCCCCCUCCCCGGAGCUGAGCUACCGAAGGGCUCCUCUCUCGCCCUCAGCCCAGCAGCACCACAGCUCCGGGGCAGCCGGGCCUGCCAGCCUUCCCCCAGCUCAGUCCUGCCCGAGCUCCCCAGUCAUGAACCUCUUCCGAUUCCUGGGAGACCUCUCCCAUCUCCUAGCCAUCAUCUUGUUACUGCUCAAAAUCUGGAAGUCCCGAUCGUGUGCGGGCAUUUCAGGGAAGAGCCAGGUCCUGUUUGCUGUGGUGUUUACUGCCCGAUAUCUGGACCUGUUCACCAACUACAUUUCACUCUACAACACCUGCAUGAAGGUGGUCUACAUAGCUUGUUCCUUUACCACGGUGUGGAUGAUCUACAGCAAGUUCAAAGCGACUUACGAUGGAAACCAUGACACUUUCCGGGUGGAGUUCCUCGUUGUUCCCACGGCUGUUCUGGCAUUCCUGGUCAACCACGACUUCACCCCUCUGGAGGUGGGCUUCUGCUGGGACCGCAGGGGUUGGGUGGCAGGGGCAGCUGACAGCAGACCCUCUCAGGUGUUUCCUCGGCAGGGUUUCCUGAGACUUCCUCAUGCAGGAGCUACAGACAUGCUCAGCCUAGGUCCAUGGAGGCAGAUCAUACCAUGUGCUGCUGCUCUGUGCAGUUAA